CUUUUAAUUUCUUUGUUGAAAAAUUGUGAGAAUGGAACAUCAAUUAUUUGUAAAAAUUUGUAUGUUUGUUCAUUGGUUAUUUUCUGUUUUUCUUAAAUUUUAUCAACCAUUUAUUCAUUCAUGCAUUGAUUUCAUUUUAUCAGUUCUUGAAAUGACAUGGUACUUGCUUAAUUUCAUUUUUUAAAAAUAAUUGCUUAUUAGAAAAAAAAGGAUCUUUCUUCUUACUUUUUUUAGGCUAGCCCUUUUCGUUGUCUAGUGUUUUGUGUCUAUGUUUUUUCUUUUUGGAAUGUUAUAUACGUAAAACUUGUUUCCUGAUUGGUUUUAGCUUGAUAUAAUUUUGACUAGAGAUAGGUGAGUAGGUUAAGGUUGUGAUUCCUGAGUCACUUUUGAAAAAGAAUAAGAGGAAUGAAAAAUGUGAGGUUGCCAAAAAGCAAGAGGAAUGAAAAAUGUAAGGUUGCCAAAAAGCAAGAGCUUGAAGUUGCAAAAAAGAAGAGAGUUGAGAAUCGAAACUGAUUUACAUUAGGGCUAAGCACUAUGCAAAAGAGUAGGAGACUCAGGAAAAAGAGUUGAUUCAAUUGAAGCGGGAGGGGAGGCGAAGUUGAAUGGAGGAUUCUAUGUCGAUCUAGAAGCUAAGCUUUUGUUUAUCAUUCGAAUCCAUGGGAAGUAUUGGCAUUAGGAUGUUAAGAUGUAGAGAAGAUUUUCAAUGGUAUUUUUCUUAAAGUGAACAAGGCAACAAUGAACAUGUUUCACCGGGUCGAACCUUAUGUGACUUGCGGAUACCCCCCAAAUCUCAAGAGUGUGCGGGAAUUGAUUUACAAAAGAGGUUACGGGAAGUUGAACAAGCAGAGAGUUGCUUUGACUGACAAUGCAAUUGUUGAGCACGCUUUGGGCAAGUUUGGCAUCAUCUGUGUGGAAGAUCUUAUCCAUGAGAUAAUGACGGUGGGAUCUCAUUUUAAGGAGGCUAACAACUUCCUCUGGCCCUUUAAGCUAAAGGCACCAUUGGGAGGUCUGAAGAAGAAGAGAAACCAUUAUGUUGAAGGAGGAGAUGCAGGCAACCGUGAGAAUUACAUCAACGAGCUAAUUAGGAGGAUGAAUUAAACUUGGUCGUAUUAGUUAAUUUACUGGUUGAGGUAUUUUUAGUUUAUUCAGAAAGGGGUUGAAUUUCUUUUGGAAGUUGAAACAAUUUUUGUUAAAGCUGGAAGAUUUGCAUGGUGUUAGCAUUAUUCUACCUUGUGACUGAACUUUCUCACAAGUUUUGUUGAAAUUUUAUUGCAUUCAGAUGUUGAAAUGGUAUUUCGAAACAGCAUCUGCUACUUGCAGGUUGCAGCAUGUUGGCUAUUUCAUAGUUUGGUUCUUUUGAAUCAUGAGUUUAAAUGAACUCUCCAUUUCACAGGUUCAAUAGACUACUCCUCUACAAAAUCUUUAGAUCCCACUUUUCUCUUGUUGGCUUAACCUUAAAUUAAGAUAUUCUUAAGAUGGCAAUAUCAAAUGGUAGUAAGAGAGAUCAAUUACAUUUGAUUUGAUUAGAUGAGUUUAGAUGAUAACAAAGGGCAGUAUAAGAAUAAAUUAUUC